GUUCGUGCUGUACGGAAGCGUUGAAUUCCCCGAUAUUCAGAAACAGAAGUUUCCCUGUGGAGCAACCAGCUGUGAAGCGUGCUUGUGUUCUAAAGUGUCCCUGUCCGCUCGCUGCCUGCUGCAGAGUGUGAUUGUUGCCACUUUCUUGCAGUGAAGUGAGAACAGUGAGAAGAUUAAGAUAUUGAGCCGCGUGGAGCAGCGACUGGUGUGGUGUUCUACAACCUCACAACGGAGAAUUUCCUGUAAUUGUGGCCUUCGCGCACAAAGGAGAAGGCGCUCGAUUGCAGCAAAAGAAAUCAAGCCCAAUUUUUUUGGUCCUUGUCGUUGGUCCCACCGACCUGCUGAUAAGCCCUAGUGUGUGUGGAGUCGUGAACUAACAACUCGUAUCGAUCAGUAAACUACCGCCAUGGGUAAGGCACAGAGUAAGCGUUCCGUCGACAUAACUACAGACCCGGCCAAGGAUGGCGUAGUGACGGAGGGUGCCGGAAAACUGGAGAAGAUUGAAGAUGUGGACCAACUGAAGGCACAAGUGAACGGAGACGCUCAACACACCGACGGCGAAAAUCAGGAAAAGAAGGUUGAGAGCGAUGCAGCCGAAAAUGAGAAGGAUUCCAGCACAGAGAAAGCCCACAAAGAGGGUGGCGACGGUAGUGGUGGUGGUGGCGGCGGCGGUGAUACGAGCGUAGCCGCCGCUGCUGCCUCGUCCCCAGCAGCAGCCUCGGAGAAGGAAGGUGGCGAGAACGUUGAUCCAAACAAAACGCUAGAAAAUGGUAGCAAUGAUGAAUCGCUGCUGAACGACAGCAAACCGGCGGACGAGGCCAGCAAGAAGCCGAAGAAACCGAGAAAGAAGUGGUCCUUCCGCAGUUUGUCGUUCAACAAGAAGGACAAACAGAAACCGGCCAAAAAGGAGAAGGACGAGGAACGCGUGAACGGCGAGUGCGAGAAAGUUCCUGAAGAGCCCACCGAGGAUGCUGCCGCCGCCGCUGUCGCCGUGGGUCCGGAAGCUGCCGCAGCGCCCACCGCUGUUGCUGCUGGCAGCAGUGAAACGAAGCCCGAAUCAUCUGCCCCCGUAGAAGUGACCGCCACCGCCGCCGCUCCCGUCGAUACCACCAAAGUGGCGGAACCUGUGAUCGAGGCCGUUACCGUUGCUGCUCAGCAAAUCACCGCCGCCGCCGCCGCCGCUGGACCGCCGUCGGACGCUCCAGCUGCUCCUGCUGCUGCUGCUGCUGUUGUAGCGACAGCCCCGACCACCACCACAGCGGAGGAGACGCCCACCGUUGUCGAGAACGGCAAGCCGAAGGAGGAAUCGGCGGAACAGGCGGUUGUGGCCGCCACCCCGGAGGAGGCUCCGAAGGUCGAGGAGAAGGAACCGGAAGUUGCCGCUGUCGUCGUCGUCGAAGAGAAAGUCAUGGAGGAGGAUCCGGUCGUUGAGGUAAACACUGCUACUUCCACUCCUGCUGCCGCCCCGCAUGCGGUCGAGGUAGUGGACGUCGUCCAACAACCACCACCACCCCAAGCGGCAGCGGAAUGUGAAUCCGCUGCCGCCGUUGCGGCCACUUCUACUGUCCCUUCCACUCCUCCACCACCGGUCGUUAGCGAGUCCGAGCAGGCACAGGUGGUAGCGAUGGUCGAGGCAGGCCCCGAAAGUGGUGACAAUACCCCUCCACCCCCUCUGCCCUCCAUUCCCCCGCCCUCGCAGGUGAUGGUGUUCGUUGAGGCUUCGAUGUCGUCGCAGGUCGAGGAAGAUUCGCUGGGGGGUUCCGCUGCGGUGGUCCCAUCGCCGCAGCAGCAGGGUCAGAGUGCGGUGGCUGGGGGUGACAGUGAGGUCCAGCAGGAGGCGGCAGCGGUGGUGCCCGUUGAGGUACCGCCACCGCUGUCCGCUGGAGGGGAUCCCCCGAGUAGUUCCGUUGAGGUAGCGCAGGGCACUGACGUCGUCGGGGAGGUUGGUUCUUCGCCAUCAUCCGCUCUUCCCGAGGUCGUCAAGCAGGUAGAAGAGGCGGAGGUCGCCGUGCCGGUUCCGGAGCCGGUGGUCAAGGAGGAGCCGCCGAAGAUCGAGGAGAUCAAGGAGACCGUCACCAAGGCGGUUGGCGAAAUUCUGGAGCAAGCGGUAGACAAGAUUGAGAGCGCGGAAGUUCAGACAACGUUGCCGGCGGCUGCUGCUAUCGACGAGAUCAGUAACAAUAUAGACGAUCUGCCGCCGCCACCGCCACCGCCGGCCGUGGACGACGACGAACCGGUGCCUGAUUCCCUUCCGUCGCCGCUGCCCACCAUCGCUGCUGCUGUGCCGGCCGAACUACUGCACGGCGCUGGUGGCGCCGCCGACGAGCUGCGGCUGGACAACAGUGUGCUCUCGGUGGACAUCUCUUCACCGCUGCCACAGAACAGCCUCGAGUCGCUCCCGUCGCCGCCCACCCUGUCCCAGAGUGACGUUAGUCUGCCGCCGCCGCCCGAAUCUCCGACCAACGACAGUUGUACCGUCGUCGCCGCCGCCGCUGCCGUUCCACUUCCGCCACCAGCAGCAGCACCAUCAUCUGCGAGUGACGAGGCCACACUCUCCUCAGACACGAGCCCCACCAUAGCCACCAGCGCUUCCAUCCCGUCCUCCCUUCCGGCAGUAGUAGCAGAGCUAGAGACGCAAGAAGUAGUGGUCGGCCAACAGCAACAACAGGUGGUGGCGGUGGCGGCCACGACGAACGAAGACGGCAGCAGUAGUUUGCCGAAGGACGACGCCGUGAGCACAGUGCCGGCAGAUGUGGAGGAGGCCCCACAGCAGCAGCAGCAGCAGCAGCAACAGCAGCAGGAGCAGAAGUCGGUUGUAGAGGAGGAACCGCCGAAGUCGGUGGUGGUGCCCGCGGCGGCGCCGGCUGAAUUUGAGGAAACGGUCGCGCAAAAGCACAAUGGAACGGUUGAGAACGGAACCAGUAGCAACAACGGCACGACCGAGAAUGGUUCAACCGAAAACGGAACUACCGAGCACGGCCAGAAUGGAGUUCACGAAAAAGCCGCUACCGAAAGCCUCAAUGGAGACGCCGAGCAUAAAAAGGAGGACAAAAUUCCAGAAAAAGCGGCCCAACUCCAUCAGCAACAACCCGCCCCAGCACCAGAAGUAACGACUGAGUAAAAGCACGUUAGCUGGAAUAACCCGACAGCAUAUAUUGAUUAUUAAUUAAUUAUAAUUCGUAAUAAUAAUUAUAAUUAUAAACUGGAGAAGAAAAAAAAUAACAGCGGGGCGCGGCACGGCGCUCUUCACGCAAAACGAAUAAAAAGAAGAGGAAUUAGAUUAGAGAAAAGAAUACGUGAAAAAGAUUGAGGGCGAGUGGAGAAAGAUUUACGCAACAGCAGCAAACGAAUGCGAGAAAGCCAAGGCCUUCGUUUUUGAAAUGCACACACAACAAACAAACAUAGAAAUUUAGUUUGGCUCCCAGAACACACUACUAUUUGUCCACUGAUGUUUUUUUAACCACUCGAUUUAGUAGAAACCGCCCCAGCCACACGGCCAAAGGAUAUUGUUACUGUAACGAAAAGCAGCGAAAUUGAAACAAAAACGGGCUUGUAGGAGUGCUGUGUUGUGCUGUGUGUGGGAAGAAGCAAAUCUUCGCAUUGUAAAAUUUUCUUUAUACAGAAGAAGCAUUAAAAUUGUAGGGUUACACACAUAGUAGUGCUGGGCGUGUGUCUUUUUUAGGGGCUUAAGCGAGCCGGCGGCGGAGCAGCACUUUGGAGAGACGUGUUGUGAACGAAAGAAAGCCGCGCAUGCAAAGUGGCGCAAAUUUUGUUCUCAUAAUAAUUAAUCGCGCGGUGAAGAAGACCCCCUUUUUAGGACAGCCUUUGUCAGGAUAGAGAAAGUGAUUCUGCAAUAGGAGAAGGUAGACCUCUUAGAACGCUGUCCACAGCCACGAGAGAGAGAGAGAGAGAGAGAGCCGAUGGCACGUCGUUCGCGUGUAGCUUGAGGGCGGGAGAGCUUAGAUAUAGCGAGAGAAAGCAAUUUUCAUCGGUAUGUUGUGGCUGUGUGGUGGGGUCUUGUAGGGUAGAAACAACACCGGCCUUUUGUCUCCUCUACGCUAUACUUCCUUUCUUAUACUUUCUUUUAAUUAUUAUACGAAAACGAUAAUUAAAUAAACCAUUUCAAACAAACCGUACUCCUCCA